CGUUGUGUUCUGCUCCAGCCCUGGCUCUGCCAGACCCAUCCAAACCUUUCUUUCAGUUUGUUGAUGAAAAACAUGGGUUCAUGUCUUCUGUUCUCCUUCAACAGCAUGGCUCUCACAAGCGCCCAGUGGCCUAUUACUCUUCCAAGCUCGACUCUGUUGCUGCGGGUCUUCCUGGAUGUCUGCGAGCUGUGGCUGCAUGUGAGAAGGCUGUACUUGCAUCACGUGACAUUGUGGGAUACAGUGAGCUAACUGUUUUUGUUCCUCAUUCUGUAUCCAUCAUUUUGCUUGAACAAAAGACUUCUCAUCUGUCUGCAGCUAGAUGGCUGAGAUACACCACAGUUCUUCUUGAUAUGCCUAACAUCACUGUGAAACGGUGUACAUCACUUAACCCUGCCACUCUUCUUCCUACCGCAGACGAUGGUGUUCAUCACUGUUGUGAGACUGUUCUGUCUGAAAUCUGCACUCCGAGACCAGAUUUAUCUGAUGAGCCUCUUCUUAACUCUGAUCUUGUUCUUUUUUGUGAUGGCUCCUCCUUCAGAGACCCUUCUGGUUGCGGCUCUCCUUGACGCUAUUCUUCUUCCUUCAGAUGUCGCUGUAGUGAAGUGUCAAGCUCACACUAAAGACACUUCCUCUGUUGCCCGUGGCAACGCCUUGGCCGACCAGGCUGCUAAGCAGGCAGCUCUGUCAGCCUCUCCGCACAUUCUCACCUCUUCUCCUCUCACAGAAGAGGAUCACUCUCCUCCCUGUUCUCUGCAGGACAUCCAGUCUUUUUCUACUCCAGAGGAACGCUCUGUCUGGAAGGCUAACUCCUGCACCCCUGAUUCUGCAGGCUAUAACACCGCCCGCCCUCUUGCCUGCCCUCCAGCUGGUCAUACACCACCUAAUCAGCCUUUUGAUCAUUUGAUGAUGGAUUUCAUUGAGUUAACACCUGCAGAAGGUAAGAAAUAUUGUCUAGUUAUGGUAGACAUGUGGUCAAAAUGGGUUGAAGCCUUUCCAGCAAAGCAUGCCACAAGUUCAGUCGUGGCUAAGGCUCUGGUGACCGAAAUCAUUCCAAGAUGGGGAAUUCCAGUUAAGGUUUCAUCUGACAAUGGUUCACACUUUGUCAAUGCAGCCCUGAAAGAGGUAAGUGGACUGUUGGGGUUCCAGCUUAAGACUCAUUGUUCUUAUCACCCGCAAUCAGGCGGAGCGAUUGAAAGAGAGAACGCCACUUUAAAAGGUAAGUUGGCUAAAUGUUGUGAAGAAACAGGACUGUCUUGGCCUAAAGCCCUCCCACUCAUUCUUAUGCACAUGAGAAUGAGGAAACGUACCCGGACGAAUCUUAGCCCAUUUGAGAUUCUGUUUGGCAGACCUCCCUACACUGGUCUGGAUCCUCCAGGACUCUCCGUGUCUACCACAUACUGUGAAAGUAACAUGCUUGCUUAUUGUCAAAAUCUGUCCAAAGUUCUCUCACAGGUGCAGAGUGUGGUGAAGGAGGCCCUGCCACGCCCAGCAUCAGAUCUGCUUCACUCCUUGGUUCCGGGAGACUGGAUCUUGGUCCGAGAGACGAGGAGAAAGCACUGGCGGUCUAAAAGGUGGCUGGGUCCCUUCCAGGUCCUGUUGGUCACUCAUACAGCCGUGAAGGUCGCUGAAAGAUCCACGUGGAUUCACGCAUCCCAUUGUAGGAGGUUUCAAGGUACACCAACCCCAGCUCCAGCUGACCUCUCAACCACAGGGCAGAAUAAUCCCUGAGGU